AUGGUGGAUGAAUUGAUGAUGUCCAAUUUUUCUGAUCGAUUAUAUGUUGGCGGAUUUUCAUCAUCGAUUUGCAGCCAACAAAUUAGAGUAAGUUUAGAGGGAAACAUUUUUUGGAUAAAAUAGUGAAACAGGAACUUUUUAAUAAAAAAUGAUUCAAAAUUUUAAAGUAAAUUGUCAACACUUUAAUUUUUUGUGAUCUAUAGAAACCACUGGUUACUGUAAUGAAAUUGGUUCCUACUGCAGUAAUUCUAAACUUUUCUAUAACUAAAGGUGUAAAAAACAAGGGUACUGUAAUUUUUAUUGUAUUUUUCAAGCACAUAAUUUAAUUUAUCAUCAAUAUGUUUUCAAAAAUUCCUUGAAAUUAUUUUUGAAACCUUGAAUAUUUUCCCACACUUUUUUUUAGAGCUGACACAAUUUUUGAAACAAAUCUUUUUUUGAAACAAACCAAAGCUCAAAUUGAGAAAUAUGAUUUUUUCAGGCUAAAACUCCACGUGGCUUUUAAUUUUGAAUAACUUCUUUGAACUAGAAAACAAGCCCAAAAUUAAAAAAAAUUAAGAUCCGUGGAUUUUGAGAAGUCAAUUGAGUUUAUUAUUUUAAAUAAUUUCCUACAUGAAUUUUUCAACAUUCUCUUUCUUAAUUCUCUCAUUUUUUCAGCAAACCAUAUGUCAAGCUGCUCAACCAUUUCAAGUUUCUAUCGAAAUUGUGGAAAAUGGCCAGAAAAGGCAUCGUGGAUUCGCUUUUGUUCAAUGUCAGAAUGAAUCAGAAGCUAUUCUUCUUCUCAACAAAUUCUCGACAGUUUUCAUCAAAGUCAAUUUCGCCAAACGUGAACCGAAACCACCAGAAACUAUCAUGAGCAAUGUAAAUUUACUUUGAAAAUGAGUUUGUUUCACAAAACUAUAAUUUUUCAAGAUCUCAAAUGUUUUUGUGCGUGGAAUUUCAAAAGAUAUGACUGAUGCAGAACUUUUGGAUGCAUUUGGUGGUGCUUCGGAAGGUGUUGUUCAAUGCCACGUGGCAGAUGGUUACGGUUUUGUUUUAUUCGAUACACGGGAAAAUGCGAGGAAAAAAAUCGAGCAAAUGGAUGGAAUGGUUUUGGUAAGAAAAAAGGGACAUAGGUUAUCCUUUUUUAGAAUAUUUUAUGAAAACACAGUGUGUUAUUUACUAAUUUUCUGGUAGAUCAAUAUUUCUUUAAAUAUCUCAUUUUUUGUGUUGUAUUUUUUCCUAUAGGACAUACCAGGGCCGAAAAUUACAAUCCAGCAAUUUUUAAAAUACAAUUAUUUUUAUAACCGAUUUUUUCUCAAUUUUCCCAAUGUAAAAUCAAAUUUAGGGUUUUGAAUAACUUUGAGAACUAAACUGUAAAAUUAUCAGCGAUGUGAUUUCCAACACAUGAUUUUUUAAAAUAAAAAGUAAUAAAUUUCAGAAAAACAAUCGCAUUUCGGUAACUUGGGCUCGUCCGGAUACAGUUGGUCGAAAACGAAAACGUCUACCUGAAAUACCUCUCCUAAUUCCAGCACCAAUCAUAAAACGUCCAACAUUUACCCCACUUUUUCAACCUUCUCCAAUGUUACCGUAUCCUUUGUUUCUUCCGCAACCACCGCAAAUUGAUAUGUCAUUAUUGAAUUUGCUUUUUUGA